GGUAGCAACAGUUGCCUUGAGACCCCGCCGCGCUAUAGUGACUGUAGCCGUGGAGACAGUUACUUACCAACGGGCGCAACACUCAGCAACAGCAGCAGCAGCAGCAUCUGGAAGUCACCGAGUGAGUUGGAGAGAGGGAAAGAGAGCAGAACUUUUCUCAAGGCAAAGUAUGCAGAACUCGGAAGCAGCAUCAGACCCCCCCACUGGUGUGGCAACACUACGGACAUCAUCAUCAGCCCAGGCUCCUGUGGUACAGCCUGUCCCAGCCUCCCAGCAGAGGGUGCUGGUUCAAGCCACAGGCUCAGCUCAGAAAGGAGGACAAGUAUCAGUAUCCAGGGUCCCCCAGCAGCAGGUGCAACAUGUCUACCCGACUCAAGUACAAUAUGUAGGAGAAAGUGGAGAAGCUGUUUAUACCAACGGAACUAUCCGAACGGCCUACUCCUACAACCCGGACUCCCAGCUGUACGGACAGGGCAGCGGGGGGGCCUAUUUUGACUCUCAGGCCGGAGGAACCCACGUCACCACGGUGGUGUCCUCCGCCAGCAGUGGCGUGCCGCCUCACGGCAUGGUGGGCAUUGCCAUGGACGUGGGCAGCAGCCACAUCAUUUCCAGCGGCAGCACCUACCUGCUGCACAGCGGCGGCAUGGAGGGGAACCGCAGCCACAUCUCACACUCGUCUCGCUCCUCUUCAGCCAUGCUUGAAAUGGCGAUUGAAAACCUCCAAAAGUCUGAAGGGAUUGCAAGUCACAAAAGCAGCCUGCUCAACAGCCAUCUUCAGUGGCUGCUGGACAACUAUGAGACGGCGGAGGGAGUGAGCCUGCCCCGGUGUUCCCUCUAUAACCAUUACCUCAGACACUGCCAGGAGCAGAAACUGGAUCCGGUUAACGCAGCGUCCUUCGGGAAGCUCAUCCGCUCCGUCUUUAUGGGCCUAAGGACGCGGCGCCUCGGCACCAGAGGCAACUCCAAGUACCAUUACUAUGGCAUCCGGGUGAAGCCAGAUUCUCCCCUGAACCGGCUGCAGGAGGACACCCAGUACAUGGCGAUGCGGCAGCAGCCUGUCCACCAGAAACAGAGGUUUAAGCCUCUGCAGAAGGUGGAUAGCAUGUCUGACAGUCUUUGUGGAAGCUCUCAGCACUGCAGCAGCACCCCAGAGCAGUCGGUGGCGGCUCAAACCCAGCAGCACCAGCAGUACAUCGACACAUCUCACUCCUUACCUCCGUUUCCUUCUCCGGACCUUGGGACGCAGCCUCUUCCUGAGCGCAUCAGCAUGACUGAUAUUAAGAAGCUGCAGACGCUCUACAGAAGCCACUGUGAGGCUACUUUGGAUGUGGUGAUGAAUCUGCAGUUCCACUAUGUGGAGAAUUUCUGGCAGAACUUUUGGAAUGCAACAGCGCCAUCUAGUGACGGCAGCACAACCGUCCCCAGCAGUGAUGAUGAACUGGAGCGAGUGAUUCCCAGGGAGAAGCUGGUAUCUUUGUGCAAAUAUGAACCAGUCCGGCUAUGGAUGAGGAGCUGUGACCACAUCCUGUACCAGGCCCUGGUGGAGAUCCUCAUCCCCGAUGUGUUGCGCCCUGUUCCCAGCACUCUCACUCAGGCUAUCAGAAACUUCGCCAAGAGUCUGGAGGGUUGGCUGACGACCGCCAUGACCAGCUUCCCGCAAGAGAUCGUUCGCACCAAGGUGGCGGUGGUCAGUGCGUUCGCCCAGACUCUGAGGCGUUACACCAGUCUGAACCACCUGGCCCAGGCGGCCCGCGCCGUUCUGCAGAACACCUCCCAGAUCAACCAGAUGCUCUCCGACCUCAACAGGGUGGACUUCGCCAACGUACAGGAGCAGGCGUCGUGGGUCUGCCAGUGUGACGAGGGCGUGGUCCAGCGUCUGGAGCAGGACUUCAAGGUGACCCUGCAGCAGCAGAGCUCCCUGGACCAGUGGGCCACCUGGCUGGACAAUGUGGUCUCUCAGGUCCUGAAGCCUCACCAGGGGAGCCCCAGCUUCCCCAAAGCCGCCCGCCAGUUCCUGCUCAAGUGGUCCUUCUACAGCUCCAUGGUGAUCAGAGACCUGACUCUGCGCAGCGCCGCCAGCUUCGGCUCGUUCCAUCUGAUCCGCCUGCUUUACGACGAGUACAUGUUCUACCUGGUGGAGCAUCGAGUUGCCCAGGCAACCGGAGAAACUCCCAUAGCUGUGAUGGGCGAGUUCAGCGACCUGAGCUCCAUGAUGCCGUCGCUCCUGGAGAAGGAUGCGUCGUUCUCAGACGAGAUGAGCAACCUGGACGGCGACGGCGCUCCGGCCGAGCCGGCGGUGAAGAGGGAGAGGAUUGAAAUAGGCCACCCUCUGCAGGAAAUGUGAAUCCGGUUUGAACGAACCGGAAGCAGCAAAACGAGUGCAAUGUAAAUAGAGAAGAGUGCAGAAGUAGUAAAGUGUUUAUAAAGACGGUGUAAACCUCCCCCCCCCCCACACACACACACGGUUUUAUUUGUUGUCGUUUCACAGGGGUGUAACGGAUCUCGUUAUUUUCUGUUUUUGUUGGGACUGUGAAUUUCUUCUGUGCAGUAGCUUCUCAUAUUGGAUGUUUAACUUCUAAACGGUGGCGUUUUUGUGCUCCAUCUGCUUUUGUUUUUCUUAUUUUUUCUUUAAAUCCGAGUUUGUUGUGCCAUUGUGUCCUUUGAGUGCCUUAGAUUAACUUUGAAAUCGCCGCUUCGGAUGUCGCCCUGUCCCUCAGCUGUGCCUCAACCGCAGUAUGAAUGUACCGUCUUCAAACCUCAAAACGCUCAGAGCGCCUUCGCUCUCCCUGAUGCCUCUGCUGCACCUCGUAGCAAACACACGGUAAAAAAUAAUAAUAUAAAAAGAAAUGGGUCAGAGGAAGUAAGAACAUGCAGCCUAGGAACCCAAAGGACUUUCCCAUUUGUUUUCCAGCUCAGCCGGAGGUUUGGAGCAGGAAAAGCUGGAUUUUUACCUCAACGUUUCUGUUCUGUUCUCCAGAUGGUUCAACGAAGCCUUUUCUGAUGCUCAGAGCCUUGCAAACGUUUUCACUCCAACUCAGAGUAGUUCAUCAUUUAUUAGAUGGGAAGAAUCUGAAAACAUAGGUGGGGGUGUUUGUAUUCAGUCCCCUGAUUUAUCUACCAGUUUUACUCGUCCGGAGACCGAAAAUUAAAGUCCAGAUAUUCUCAGUGAUUUAAAUAUGAAUAUAUUUAGAGCCAAACCAGGGGGGACCAACACGUGGCCCGUGGGCCGUUUGUGGAACAAUUUAAACUGUGGUCACAUUUGUAAAUUCUUUUGCAUGAGAAUUUCUGUGACAAAUUUAAUACUUUAUUUCUUUUAGUAAAGACUAGAGCACAUUAUUUCAUCUGUUAAAUUUGGUUGAUAGAAGUUCUCUGCAUGAAAUAAACAAAAAGUCAGGAAACUGUUUGGUUUUCAUCAAGACGAAAACAUUGCCACAUUGUUUCAUUAACAUAUUGAUUGUUUAAUUCAUUGCUGAGCAGAUAAAUACAAAUAGAUGAAACUUAAAAACACAAACUACAGCAUGACCCCAAAGCAGCAUUGGGAUUCUGGCCCCUGUCACCAAACGUUUUGACACCCCUGAUCUAAACGAUUCCUGUGCUGUUCCAGUAACUGCUGAAUGUAAACAAUCCCCACAGCAUGAUGGUGCCAUCGCUGUGUUUCAGAGCAGGUGAAACAGCAUUUUUCAUGCAUGGCUGAACUGUAAAUGUUUUUUUUUUCAUCUGACUAGAAUAUCUUUACUGUUUUCUCCUACAUGGUGCGUUGAAAUUCGACUUUCUCAAGGUCAAACGUGUGGAUCACAUGACUAAUUCUUUCUUUGCUCCAAUGUUCAAGUCCUGGUGGGUUUCAAGUUGUCAGAAAACAGCUGAAUUUAUGCUGAUUAGUUUCCACAUUCAUUAAAACGUAACUGGAUAAAAGUUUCUGGACUUUAUUUAGGGGCUGAAUACAAAUCCAUGCUGCACUUUUCAGAGUUUUACUUGUGAAAAGACAAAAGUGUAUAUGUUUCUGUUUGCUAAAGUACAAUAAUGAUAAAGGAUGUGAAUAGUUUUGCAAGGGACUGUGUGCGUAACUCAUUCUGGAGUUGGAAAUAUUCCAGAUUAAUCAACAGAAAGGAGGCAGGAUGUUAAACAAUCCAUGUUGACAAAACGUGGAGCGGAGCCGGCUUAGAGACUGCAGAACCUUUAACCUCACGCUGUGGCUCUGUUGAUGUCUUCUGUUCUGUUCCAAUAGGAAAUACAACGCGUUGUUUCAGAAAACGUAAUGAAUAUGUUUAUAUGAUGUAGAAAAUGCCUCGUCGCUCUGAUGCCGUUGCGUCAGAAGGAAAUGCUUUGCUGUGUAGCUGAAUGAGACGAAUUUGUUCCCAAUCUGAUGUUAAAUGUGUAAAACGGUUUUUUACUGCGGUGCCGCGGUAAACUAAGAUGUCUGGAAACAAAAAAAAAAUCCUAUUUAUGAGCUAAUCUGAAUUGAUGGAAUUUUUGUGUUGAAAUUAUUUUUUAUUUUCCCUCAGAUGAUUUUGUUGUAGCAACAAGAGUCUUAAGUUAUUUAAGGCUUUUAGUAACUCGUGCCUGUCACAGUAAUUUGCCUUAAAGUGCUUUGGAGGAAAAUUAUUUCUAUGUGUACUUUGUAACGUUUUGUAAAGCUGUUAGAUUAUUUUUUAUUGAACUAGUUUCUUCUCACAAGUAUACUGAAUUUAUUGUGUAUUUUUAAACCUGUUCUUGACUCCACUUUAACUAGCCUAAGGACAGAUGAUUGUCUGUAAUAAACUGCAUAGUUUCACUGUAUUUUGUACUUGGUCACAAAGUGUAAUAAAUUGUUGUAAACCCAAA